CUCAUUCAGCUAUCGGGAGCUGCCGGCGCGGGGGAGCUGCCGGGCGGAGAGCGCGGCUCGUCCGGGGGUGGGGCCGGGCGCAGUGGCGAGCGGAGACCAAGGUGGCCGCGGCGGCAGCGGUAGCAACAGCCCAGCCUCGAACCCGCCCGGAGCGCAGGCGGCCCCCGCAGCUCCCCGCUCCCCUCCCGCUGCGCCCGCCCAUGGCGGCCGCGGGGCAGCUGUGGCUGCUCUACCUGUCGGCGGGGCUCCUGCCCCGGCUCGCUGCCGCCUUCAACUUGGACACCCGCGAGGAGAACGUGAUCCGGAAAACUGGGGACAGCGGAAGCCUCUUCGGCUUCUCGCUGGCCAUGCACUGGCAGCUGCAGCCCGAGGACAAGCGGCUGUUGCUUGUGGGGGCCCCCCGAGCAGUCGCCCUUCCACUGCAGAAGGCCAACAGAACUGGGGGCUUGUACAGCUGUGACAUCACCUCCCCGGGACCAUGCACACGGAUUGAAUUUGAUAAUGACGCUGACCCUUCAUCCGAGAGCAAGGAAGAUCAAUGGAUGGGGGUCACUGUCCAGAGUCAAGGUCCAGGGGGCAAAGUUGUGACAUGUGCUCAUCGAUAUGAAAAAAGGCAACAUGUUAAUACAAAGCAGGAAUCCAGGGACAUCUUUGGAAGGUGUUAUGUCCUGAGUCAGAAUCUCAAGAUUGAAGAUGAUAUGGAUGGCGGAGACUGGAGUUUUUGUGAUGGCAGGUUGAGAGGCCAUGAGAAAUUUGGUUCUUGCCAGCAAGGUGUAGCAGCUACUUUUACUAAAGACUUCCGUUACAUUGUGUUUGGAGCACCAGGCACAUAUAACUGGAAAGGGAUUGUUCGUGUAGAGCAAAAGAAUAAUACAUUUUUUGACCUGAACAUCUUUGAAGAUGGGCCUUUUGAAGUUGGUGGAGAGACUGAGCAUGAUGAAAGUCUAGUUCCUGUUCCUGCUAACAGUUACUUAGGCUUUUCUUUGGACUCAGGGAAAGGUAUUAUUUUUAAAGAAAAUACUACUUUUGUAUCUGGCGCUCCAAGGGCCAAUCACAGUGGAGCUGUGGUUUUGCUAAGCCAGAAAAAGACUUCACAUCUUGUUCCUGAGCACAUAUUUGUUGGGGAAGGUCUGGCCUCUUCAUUUGGCUAUGAUGUGGCAGUGGCGGACCUUAACAAAGAUGGGUGGCAAGAUAUAAUUGUGGGAGCCCCACAGUAUUUUGAUAGAGAUGGAGAAGUUGGAGGUGCAGUCUAUGUCUACAUUAACCAGAAAGGCAAAUGGAGUAAUGUUAAGCCAGUCCGUCUUAAUGGAACUAAAGAUUCCAUGUUUGGCAUUGCUGUGAAAAAUAUUGGAGAUAUUAAUCAAGAUGGCUACCCAGAUAUUGCAGUUGGUGCUCCCUAUGACGACAUGGGAAAGGUAUUUAUUUAUCAUGGGUCGGCGAGUGGAAUCAAUACCAAACCCACUCAGGUUCUUGAGGGUAAGACACAUUCUUUUGGAUAUUCAAUUGCUGGAAAUAUGGACCUUGAUAGAAAUUCCUACCCUGACAUUGCUGUUGGUUCCCUCUCAGACUCAGUUGCUGUUUUCAGAUCCCGGCCUGUGAUUAAUAUUCAGAAGACUGUCACUGUAACACCUAACAGAAUUGAUCUGCACCAGAAGACAUCCUGCCGGGCACCGAGUGGGAUAUGCCUCAAGGUUAAGGCCUGUUUUGAAUAUACUGCCAAGCCCACUGGUUAUAACCCUUCCAUAACUAUUUUAGGCACACUUGAGGCUGAAAAAGAAAGAAGGAAAUCUGGGCUAUCACCAAGAGUUCAUUUUCAAAACUCCGGCUCUGAGUCCAAGUUCACAAAAGAACUGACUCUGAACAGGCAGAAGCAGAAGAUGUGCAUGGAGGAAGUCCUCUGGCUCCAGGAAAAUAUCAGAGAUAAACUGCGUCCCAUUCCCAUAACUGCGUCAGUGGAGAUCCAGGAGUCAAAUGCUCGGAGAAGAGUGAAUUCACUUCCAGAAGUUCUUCCAAUUCUGAAUUCAAACGAACCCAAGACAGUGCAAACAGAUGUGCACUUCUUAAAAGAGGGAUGUGGAGAUGACAAUGUAUGUAACAGCAACCUUAAACUAGAAUACAAAUUUUGUACUCGAGAAGCAAAUCAAGACAAGUUUUCUUAUUUACCAAUUCAUAAAGGUAUACCUGAAUUAGUUCUGAAAGAUCAGAAGGACAUUGCCCUAGAAAUAACCGUGACCAACAGCCCUUCCAGUGCAACAGACCCCACAAAAGAUGGUGACGACGCUCACGAAGCUAAACUCAUCGCCACGUUUCCGGAUACCUUGACAUAUUCUGCACAUAGGGAACUUAGGUCUUUCCCUGAGAAACAGUUGAGCUGUGUUGCCAACCAGAAUGGCUCACAAGUUGACUGUGAGCUUGGAAACCCUUUUAAGAGAAAUUCCAAUGUCACUUUUUAUUUGAUUUUAAGUACAACUGAAGUCACCUUUGAAACCACAGAUCUGGAUAUUAAUCUGAAGUUGGAAACAACAAGCAAUCAAGAUAAUUUGGCUUCAAUUACAGCUAAAGCAAAAGUGGUUAUUGAACUGCUUUUAUCGGUCUCCGGAGUUGCUAAACCUUCCCAGGUGUAUUUUGGAGGUACAGUUGUUGGUGAACAAGCUAUGCACUCUGAAGACGAAGUGGGAAGUUUAAUAGAGUAUGAAUUCAGGGUAAUUAACUUGGGCAAACCUCUUAAAAAACUCGGCACAGCAACCUUGAAUAUCCAAUGGCCAAAAGAAAUUAGCAAUGGCAAAUGGUUGCUUUAUUUGGUGAAAGUAGAAUCCAAAGGAUUGGAAAAGAUAGCUUGUGAGCCACAAAGUGAAAUAAACCUCCUGAAGUUAAAGGAGUCUCACAGCACAAGGAAAAAACGGGAAAUUGCUGAAAAACAGAUAGUUGACAGCAGAAAAUUUUCUUUAUUUUCUGAAAGAAAAUACCAGACCCUUAACUGCACUGUGAACGUGAACUGUGUUAACAUCAAGUGCCCGCUGCAGGGGCUGGACAGUAAGGCCUCUGUGAUUCUGCGCUCCCGGUUAUGGAACAGCACAUUUCUGGAGGAAUACUCCAAAAUGAACUACUUGGACAUUCUCGUGCGGGCUUCCAUUGAUGUAAUUGCGGCCACGGAUAAUAUAAAAUUGCCAAAUGCUGGCACUCAGGUUCGUGUGACAGUGUUUCCCUCAAAAACUGCAGCUCAAUAUUCAGGAGUUCCUUUGUGGAUCAUCCUAGUGGCAAUUCUUGCUGGGAUUUUGAUGCUUGCUCUAUUAGUGUUUUUACUUUGGAAGUGUGGUUUCUUCAAGAGAAAUAAGAAAGAUCAUUAUGAUGCCACAUAUCACAAGGCUGAGAUCCAUGCUCAGCCGUCUGAUAAAGAGAGGCUUACUUCUGAUGCAUAGUAUUGAUCUACUUCUGUAAUUGUGUGGAUUCUUUAAACGCUCUAGGUACGAUGAUAGCGUUCCCAAGUACCAUGCUGUCAGGAUCCGAAAAGAAGAGCGAGAGAUCAAAGAUGAAAAGUAUGAUAACCUUGAAAAAAAACAAUGGAUCGCAAAGUGGAAUGAAAACGAAAGCUACUCCUAGGGAAGCAAAAAAAGAAAGAAAGAAAAGAAAAGCUACACAAUACCUAAACUGCCUUUUUUCCCCAACUCAGAAAUUCAAAUGGAUUGAUAAACCCGUUCCGUACAUGAACAUUAAUUUCAAACACAGUACGAACCUACAGUUUAUCUGUGGACAUUGUUACUUAGCCCAAGGCUCCUUGUUCUGCACAACCAAAUUUAAGACUGUUGGAAUUGGAUUUUUCUUUAACUGACUUAAUUUAACUUGCCGGGUUGCCUUUGUUUUCAAUGUGGCUGAAACACUUUGGAGUGGCUGGGGAACGGCCUGUCCAUUUGUGCUCAUGUGACAUCCUCCUGAUAGUGUAGCUGGAAUAAGGAGCCCACAAUCAGUGCACUAACAGAGUGACCGCGCUGACCUCCUCACUGCCCCCGCAAACAUUCUUCCCAUAGGACUGGAGCACAUGGCAAGACUGUGCCAUCGGGGUAGUUGUGUGUCAAUUGCAAGUGCUAUCUUAAAUUAAAUGUGCAAUAGAAGGUGUGGCUGCCAUCCCGACAUUUUUCUCUUAUUUCCUGAAUGUGUGAAUACUUGCUCACACCAAACAUGAACAGGUUGCAUUCUCCCUUUUCACUAAAACUCACAGGCGCAGCAGACUUCAAUGCUAGUUAUACUUAUUUGUACAUGGUAUUUAUUUUUUUCUUUUUUACCAACCAUUUUGUUAUUGACUAACAGGCCAAAGAUUCUCUUUUACCUCUUCAGGUUGGAUUAAAACGGCAGACUUAGAACCUGGGAGGUCAUUGGUUUGACCUAGACACUUUAGUGCAAAAAGAAAACAAGUCUUUAUAAGUAUACCAGAGAGUUGUCAGCAUUUACAGAUACAUUUAAGUUAUUAGAAAUCUCCUUUCAUGAGAGCCUUCACUCGUCCCUCCAAACCCAAAAGCUUUGUGUAAGAAAUAGGAGUUACUGGAAGAUAUUUCUUACCAGACAUUGGCUACUUUAGAGUUGAAAACUAUGAUGUUUCUGACUCUCGUGCUAUAACUUCCAGGAACUCUUGGAAUCGAGGGAUUUGUUUAUUGAACGUCAGUACAGUGUGGCCACUGCUGCAGAUACUGUAUUUUCAGAACUUGAAAGAAGUGGUGAGUGCCUCUGGUGGCUCCUAAUCCAUCCAGUGUAAGACUACUGACUAUCUGAUGCCAAAAGUCAGAUAGAACGUCUUGGCUUUUAAGUUUUUAGAUCCCAUUGGAACCAUUUAAUCAGUGUCAGUGUUCUGGUUUUUGCUUUGCCUCCUCCCCCCAUCUUUAUUCCCAACAUUCCUUUGGGACCACUCUAAGAAAAACUUGACCUUUUUUUUGUUUAAUUAUAAAAAUGGAAGGGGAAGGAGGAAGACAUGAUGUUUAUAUGUCAAUAGAGACUGAACAACUAUGAAAGUCAUAUUGCCAAUUGUGCUUCAUGAUGUUAUGUUGGAAGCAGCAGCAAACAGGUGCUAAUUUGUUUGGAUCUAGUGUAAUAGUGUCUUGACCUUUAAAGGAAUGGAAUUCAGCUAUAUGUGCCAUUGCUGCUUGGAGUUUAAUUUUUCCUGCACAGACAUCUUCUGUUCGUAAGAUACCAAGGACAUUAUUGUAGUUGUACUUUGAAUUUUUCAUUUACAAAAAUAAUUUUACAAAUGAUAUUUUGUUUACAAGAAUUUCUCUUAAAACAGUUUAUAACCAUGUUUAAAAUCUCAGUUUCUUGCUUAGAACCCAAUGCACUGGCUUUUUAGUGUGCCAAGAAGCUGAUAUUUUAAAAGUGUUUAUAGACCUGUAUUAUAAAAACGAAUGUCCUAAAAAGGGGAGGGUGGGCCAGGGGUGGAAGGGUGGUUUAACACCAGGAAACAAGAAUGUAGUGGUGGUUAAAUUUAUAAUUGUUAAAAAUGUCAUCUCAAGUCAAGUCACUGGUCUGUUUGCAUUUGAUACAUUUUUAUACUAACUAGCAUUGUAAAAGUAUUUCAUGAUUAGAAAAUACCUGUGGAUAUUUGUAUAAAAGUGUGAAAUAAAUUUUUUAUGAAACUAUUCAUUAGUAAAACAGCAUUGUCUUUGUGGAACAAACUAAGAUUGUAAAUGGCAACUUGAAUUGCCUUUUUUUUCAUCCAACCAAACUAAAGUUUUCCACUUUUUUUGUGUGUGUGUAUUGGGA